AAUGAUCACUCAACACCUGGCGUUUCGAAGAUCAAGCUCAGGCUCCCGACGAUUCAAUCCGUCCAUUCAUUGAAACGGACAGCUCCUUCGCUGAUUUUACGAAAAUGGAAGAUAAUAAUCCAUCCGUCCUUCUAUAAGAAAAAUAUCAUCUUCUCUUCAAUCAUCGUUGAAUAUUCUGCUUCUCUUCUGUUUCUCCUUCGUCUUCGUCUUCUGCAAUGGCCGCGCCCACUGCCCAGGUUGCCUACGAUUUAAGCCCCUUCCUUCGCGUCUACAAAGACGGCAAGGUCGAGAGAUUAAUGGGCACCGAGAUCGUCCCUCCGUCGGCGGACGAUCACGAAGGGGUCCACUACAAAGACGUCGUAAUCCAGGCGGAAACCGGCGUCUCCGCCAGGCUCUACAAGCCGAAAACGACGGACCCCAGCGGGAAACUUCCCCUCCUGCUAUACUUCCACGGCGGUGCAUUCUUCGUCCAGACCGCCUUCUCCCCGACGUACCACAAUUUCUUAACCUCGCUCGCCGGAGAAGCUAAAGUUCUAGUCGUGUCUGUCGACUACAGAAGGGCUCCGGAGCACCCCCUCCCGGCCGCCUACGACGACUCCUGGGCCGCCGUGAAAUGGGCUGCAGCCGGCGGGGAUCCGUGGCUGAGAGACUACGCUAAUCUCGAGAGGUUGUUCUUCGCCGGAGACAGCGCCGGGGCAAACAUAUCCCACAAUCUGGCGAUGCGGGUCGGGUCGGACGGGCUGGAGGGCGGGAAACUGGUGGGGAUUAUCCUCAUGCAUCCGUAUUUCUGGGGGAAGGACCCGAUCGGGAACGAAGCCGAGCUGGUGGAAGUGAGAGCGACGCUGGAGAGGUUCUGGGCGUUGGCGUGCCCGACGAGCGCCGGCACCGACGACCCGUGGAUAAACCCGGUGGCGGACCGGAAUUUGGGGGGAUUGGGAUGCCGGGAGGUGAUGGUUUGCGUGGCGGAGAGAGACCCUCUGAGAGAGAGGGGAUGGCUGUAUGCGAAAGCUCUGCGGAAGAGCGGGUGGAAAGGACGAGUGGAGAUGGUGGAGAGUGAAGGAGAAGGGCAUGUCUUCCACCUCGACUACCCUAAUUCGGAGAAGACCAUGGCCUUGCUCCGGCGCGUCGCCGAUUUCUGCAACCAGGGCAACGCCGAUCACGAUGGGUGCACGAUGGCAGGUUGCACCACUUAGUUGGGCCAAGAAGGUUCCAAAGAAAUUUAGGGUUCUUAGAAAACUUUUGCCAAGUUGAAUGUGCGACGAUGCGGUGUCGACACGACACUACUAUUCGAGGACAUUCCACAACGUUUCGGAACUGUUCAAGCAAUUAUAAGAAGUUAUUUUAUAUUUUAGAUAGUCUUUUUGAAAUAUGUAUUAAUGAUGGAAGAUUAUAUGACGUGGAUGGAUUUCUAUGUA